AUGAGCCCGACCGACUCGGAUAUCGAAGUCAUGGCGGACUUCAAGAUGGUUCCUGACACCCCUUUUUGGGAGAUGCCAGGCUUCCUGUUUGAUGCCGAGACUGUUGAAGAGAUCCAAGAACAUAAGAAAAGGAUCUGGAAGGCCUUGAUAUGCCCUGACUACACCAGUGUGCCGAAGGGGUCUCGGAAUCGCGCCAACCCCGAGGAAAUCACCAAAACCAGAGUGCAAAACAACAUCGCCUUGCUCUUUCGGGCUCUUUUGUUCUUCUCUGAUCACCAUCCCUCGCCCUCAUACUGGAAAGACCUGUCCCCAGACACCUUCUCAGGAUGUGGAGAGACGACUAUCAAGCUGCUGGAAGGGAUCUUUGUCCACGCGCGCAGGGCUUACGCCGAUUCGAAAGGGCGCCGGAGACGAUCCAAUGUCGCCAUGUAUGCUGAUAAGUACAUCAGCUUCCUCGACUCGGCUGGAGGGGACGUUUCCACAUCAGAUCUCUCCAAGGUUGAGCUUCGCGAUAGUUGGGCCGAGCUCAAAAAGAAGGGCGCGCUCUUCAAUUUAGCUCAGCACAGGCCGAAUGAUGUCGAAGACGACAGCACAGACGAGGAGCCACUCACAUUGCCUGGGGAGAGCCUCGAGCAGCACAAGUCUAAAAAGCGCAAGAAGACUACAUCGGGGCCAGUGACGCCUCGAAAGUCGACACGACGUUCAUCGGUGUCUGGGCCUUCCAAACCGUCGGCAGACCCUUCAAAAACUUCGACCGGCCCUUCAAGAACAGGCCCUCCAACAUCGUCGACCCGCCCUUCGAUCCGCUCAGUGAGGGUCGUCUCCCCAUCAUCAUCACCGCCAACACUGCGAUUCGACUCCUCUGUGGGGCUGAGCUCAGAAAUAUCCACGGCCGAGACCGUCAGUUCCCCAAUCCUUGGCUCAGCGCUGGCCAAUAAUGGGGAUACCCAGCGCGAGUCGCUCAAAAAGGUCCACCAGCGUAUGAGGGUCAUCGACAUCACAAUUGGAGAACAUUCAGACAUCCUCGCAUCCCACACUAACGCGAUCGAGAGCCUGAGGGCAGAUAUUGGCCUUCACAAAGGAGGCAAAGCCGCUGGACUUGUGUCCACUGUGGCGGAGGCGGUUGCCGGGGUCUUGGAGAAAAAGAAGCAGUCGUACAUCACACAUGUGGCAGCCGCUAAAGUGAAUGCUGCCAAAGGGCCCUUGGAAGAGAAGCUUGCCACCCUUGACUCCAAGAUUCUGGACUAUGUCGGGAAGGUCGCCGUGGCCGAGUCCAAGCGCAGCGACAUGGAAACAAAGCUCGACAGGGUCAGCAAGAAACUGGAGCUGAUGGGCAGUACCUCCGGGUAUGAGAAGCUCCAGAAGAAGGUGAAGCGGUAUCGCGAUGAUCAUAAGAGCCUCGCGCGAGAUGUGACCUCCCGGCUGUUGAAGUUGGAGCGAAAUGUCGACAGAUCAGGACCCGCCGGUGCUGCGGAAGAGUCCGAGGAGGAGGAGGAUCGCCAGAAUCACGCUCGGUCUAACGACUCCCGCUUCGCCAUGUUAGAGAAGCAGAUCACAGACCUGAAGCAGGUCAACAUUAGUCUAACUAAGAGGGUCGCUGACCUCGAGAAGGGCAACGAAGCUGGACAGCGCAGGGACAACUACUACAGCAGGGACAACUACGACAACAGGGACAGCCAUCAGAGGAGGGACAGUUACAACACGAGCAUGGUAGGGUUGAACCGUGGAUCGAGGCCCAAUGGCCAGAUGAACAACGGCCAGGGCAUCAGGCGUUGUUAG